AUGCUCCCAAGAACAGUACGCGCAGCUCACAAGAAUAUCCAAAGAGUUCCCUCUGUCUUAGCCAGAGGCGCUCACAAGGACAUCAAAUUCGGCGUUGAUGCACGUGCAUCUAUGCUCAGUGGUAUUGAUUUGCUUACAAAGGCUGUAUCAUCUACUCUCGGUCCAAAGGGACGCAACGUAAUCAUCGAACAAGCCUUUGGUGGCCCAAAGAUUACAAAAGAUGGUGUCACCGUUGCCAAGUCUAUCACCCUCCAAGACAAGUUUGAAAAUCUCGGUGCUCGUCUUGUCCAGGACGUUGCUUCCAAGACAAACGAAAUUGCAGGUGAUGGUACAACCACCGCCACUGUGCUCGCAAAGGCCAUUUACGCUGAGGGUGUCAAGAAUGUCGCUGCUGGCUGUAACCCAAUGGAUCUCCGUCGUGGUGUACAAAAAGCCGUUGAAGAAGUCAUCAAAGUUCUCGAGGCUAACAAGAAAGUCGUAACCACUUCAGAGGAAAUUGCUCAAGUUGCAACUAUAUCUGCUAACGGUGAUGUUCACGUUGGUCAGCUCAUUGCAAACGCAAUGGCAAAGGUCGGCAAAGAGGGUGUCAUCACCGUCAAGGAAGGAAAGACCAUCGACGAUGAAGUUGAGAUUACUGAGGGCAUGAGGUUCGACCGCGGUUUCAUCUCCCCAUAUUUCAUCACCGACGUUAAGUCUCAGAAGGCUGAAUUCGAAAAGCCUUUGUUCCUUCUUUCCGAAAAGAAGAUUUCUGCUCUCCCAGACAUUAUGCCAGCUCUUGAGAUUUCUGCCACUGCUCGUCGCCCACUCAUCAUCAUCGCUGAGGACAUUGACGGUGAAGCUCUUGCUGCUUGUAUUCUCAACAAGCUCCGUGGUCAGCUUCAAGUUUGCGCAAUCAAGGCCCCAGGUUUCGGUGACAACAGAAAGAGCAUCCUCGGAGAUCUUGCCAUUCUCACCGGCGGUACCGUGUUCACCGAAGAACUUGACGUCAAGCUCGAGAAGGCCACCGUAGACAUGCUCGGUUCAUGUGGUAGCACCUCCAUCACUAAGGAAGACACCCUUGUCCUCAACGGUGACGGUCAAGGUGAAAUCGUCGCCAACCGCUGCGAGCAAAUUAGAGCUCUCAUCAACGAUGCAAGCACCUCUGACUACGACAGAUCCAAGUUACAAGAGCGUCUUGCCAAGUUGAGCGGUGGUGUCGCUGUCAUCCGUGUCGGUGGCGCUUCAGAAGUCGAAGUCAGCGAAAAGAAGGACAGAUACGACGAUGCACUCAACGCAACUCGCGCUGCUGUUGCUGAAGGUGUCAUCCCAGGUGGAGGUAUCGGUUUGCUUAGAGCUAGUGACGCGCUGGGCUCAGAUGCCGCCAACUUCGACCAAGGAUUGGGUAUUUCGAUGGUCAAGAACGCACUCACUCGUCCAAUGCGCACUAUCGUCGAAAACGCCGGUGGUGAGGGUGCAUUGAUUGUUGGACAAGUCCUCGAGAAGCACCCACACGACUUCAACAUGGGUUAUGACGCCAGCAAGGAUGAAUUCUGCAACAUGUUCGAAAAGGGUAUCCUUGAUCCGGUCAAGGUUACUAAGCAGGCAUUGAUCGACGCUUCAGGUGUCGCAUCUCUCCUCUUCACUUCUGAGACUGCCGUCGUCGACGCACCAGAAGAAAAGGCUGGUGCACCACCUAUGCCAGGCAUGGGCGGCAUGGGCGGUGGAAUGGGAGGAAUGGGCUUCUAA